ACCCCAUCCCCCGCACAUUUCCACUGGUGCGGUGGACACGGUGCUGCCUCCCACCCCAUCGCCGCCGUCGUCUCUCUCUCUCUCUUCCAGUCUCCGCCUCGACGCAGAGAGAUCCUCGCGCCGCACCGCCGCGCCCCCUCCAGAUUGGAUAACAAUAUCAUGCCAUUUGGCAAAUAAUAUUUGACUCUUGGCUUCUUCGUUCUUGGGCAUCAUCAAAAUGUCAGGACCACUGAAUUCAAACAUUAGUGGGGCCACCUCAAACCUUCGAGAUUCAACAGGAAGAUCAUUUACAUCAUCUUUUUCUGGUCAAUCUGGCUCACUUCCAGGUUUCCAUCACUCAGUUUCACACAACAUUCAUGGAAAUCUCAAUCUUACAAAUAUGUCUGGAUCACUAGCACCAAGAAAUGCUUCAAUGACUGGUCUUCCGUCACCAGGGGUUCAACAACCUGGUGGUAGUAUUUCCAGUGGCCGGUUCCCCUCAAAUAACCUUCAAGCUUCCAUGUCUCAGAUUCCUCAUGGGCAUUCUGGGAUUAGCAACAGAGGUAUGAAUGUUGGGAGAACUCCUGUAUUUAGUAGUAGCAUGAAUGCUAUUGGUUCAAUACAAGGUUUAUCCUCAAACUUGGCUAAUGUGGGUAACCGCAAUUCUGCUCCUGGGCUGGCAGCUUCUCCACUUUUGGGGAAUUUAGGCCCGCAAAUAACAAAUUCUGGGAGUAUUGUGGGUGGGAGCAAUAUUGGAAGAAGUAUAAGCUCUGCAGGGCUGUCUAUGCCUGGUAUUGCAUCCCGCAUGAAUUUGAGUGGCAACUCUGGAAGUGCGGCUAUUAAUAUUCAAGGAUCCAACAGGAUGAGUAGUAUGUUUCAACAAGCAUCACCACAGUUCAUGAACAUGCUUGGACGUUCUUACCCAACACCUGGAGGAUCACUGUCUCAGAAUCAAGUGCAGCCAGGAAACAGUUCUUUAGGUUCUUCUGGAAUGCUACAUGAUGGAACCUCCGGUGACAGUUCUCCAUUUGAUAUAAAUGAUUUUCCUCAAUUAACAGGGCGGCCUAAUUCUGCUGGAGGUGGUCAAGGGCAAUAUGGGUCACUGCAAAAGCAUGGAGUGAGUGUUAACGCGAUUGUGCACCAAAAUCCGGAAUUUAGCAUUCAGAAUGAAGAUUUUCCAGCAUUACCAGGGUUUAAAGGUAGUUCCUCAGAUUAUGCUAUGGAUAUGCAUCACAAGGACCACCUUCAUGAGAAUGUAAAUAUUAUGCAAGCAAAACAUUAUCCUAUGACUAGAUCAUCUGGGUUUAACUUGGGAGGCAGCUAUCCGCCCCGUCAACAACAUCAGCAGAGUGCUAAUUCAGUUCAAAAUACCGGGCUGGAAAAUAUUGGACUAAGGCCGUCAAAUUCUCCAAGUCCGUCAUCCAAUUCAGGGUUUUAUGAGCAACUUAUGCAGCAGUACUAUCAAUUGCAGACUCAAAAUGCACUUAGGUUGCAGGCAUCUUCAAGUCCACAACCAUUCAAGGAUAAGAGUCUAAACUCUAUUCAGGGAACACAAACUGUGCCGGAUCCAUAUAGUUUGCUUGGAUUGUUAAGUUUAAUUAGAUUGAAAGAGCCUGGGCCAACAUCUCUUGCUUUAGGGAUUGAUUUGACAACAUUAGGAUUGAAUCUGAACUCUCAAGAUAAUCUUUACAAGACGUUUGGCUCUCCAUGGUUAAAUGAGCCGGCUAAAGGAGAACCCGAUUAUCAGAUCCCGGCUUGUUUCUCUGCUGAGCCACCUCCAGCACUCCAACCAUUACAUUUUCAGAAGUUUCACCCCUUAACACUAUUCUACAUCUUCUACAGUAUGCCUAAGGAUGUUGCUCAGUUGUAUGCUGCUAACGAACUAUACAACAAAGGGUGGUUUUACCACAAAGAGUACUGUGUCUGGCUUACAAGAGUUCCAAAUGUGGCACCUCUUGUCAAAACUCCACUUCAUGAACGAGGGUCCUACAUUUGUUUUGAUCCAAACAUCUGGGACACGAUUCAUAAGGACAACUUUGUUCUCCAUUAUGAAGCAGUAGAGAAGAGACCUGCCCUUCUGCCGCCCAAAAUGUUAGACGAGAAAUAUAAGCUGUUGCGCUAGGUUCUGCAUUUGAAGUUGCUUUUGUUCAAUCGAUAGCUAUUAUUAUAGACGGGUUGAAUUCAUACAAAAUGAUUCCGGCAUGCGUGCUGUUCUGAAAAACGGAGCUCCUUUGUUGGCCGACAGCCCUCUUGGUAUUUGUGGGCAUGUAGCUGAGAUUAGUGCGCUUCAUAAUUUGUUGGCCAUAAUCAUUAGGGCUAUUGUAACUAUGGUUCGAAGUUUUCUUUCUUUUCAUUUUUGGGUAUCGAAGUCUCCCUGUGAUGACUGUAAAUGUUUUGUUCUCUUGCGUACAAGUUCAUACUUCUGAUUUUGGAUCUGCCCGUCGUAGUUCAUUUGAUGAUUCGUUAUUUGCUUGGGGGAGUCUGGUCUGUUGUGCUUGCUCGACCAUUGACCGGAAUGUAGUAAUGUAUCAUGGUUUACCGGCAUGAUAUGAAUAAAGAGUAAAUUUUGUAAAACUACAUAUAUUUUGAUAAAAUUAUUGUAAAAUUAUAAAUUUAAAUAAUAGUUAUAUAAAAAUAUAGAUUUAAUGUUGA